AUGCCCUUCCUUGGUGCUGAGCACAUCUCCUUGAACUAUCCUUGGCAUGGUAUCGUUUCGAACUGGAGCAUCAAGUCAAGUAACAAAGGCUCCUCUGAUACUGUGGUGAUAGUUUUCUACUUUCUGGCGGUCGUCAGCGUCGGGCUGUGGGCUAUGCUGUCAAGCAAUCGUGCAACGGUAGACGACUUCUUCCUGGCUGGUCGGAAGCUAAUAUGGUGGCCAAUGGGUGCUUCUCUUUAUGCUUCGAAUAUUGGCAGCAGCUACAUUUUGGGCCUGGCUGGGGUAGGAGCAUCUUCAGGGAUUGCUAUUGGGGCUUUUGAGUGGAAUACAGUAUUUCUCCUUAUGGUUCUUGGUUGGAUAUUCGUUCCCAUUUACAUUAAAGCCGAGGUAAUGACAGUGCCGGAAUAUUUGAGGAAGCGGUUUGGUGGCUGCCGGAUCCAGAUCUUCCUCUCUCUUCUGACUUUAUUCCUCUAUGUUUUCAAUAAAAUCUCAGUGGAUGUCUUCUCUGGUGCUAUGUUCAUGAGACUGGUUAUGGGAUUGGAUGUCUACUUGGCCAUUCUUAUCUUGCUGACAUUCUGUGGCAUAUAUACAAUCACAGGUGGUUUCACAGCUGUGAUUUAUACUGAUACCUUACACGCAGUUGUUAUGCUUCUGGGUUCCAUGGUGUUAAUGGUCUUUGCCUUUAAGGAAGUGGGAGGAUACCAGGGCCUCUGGGUGAACUACAUGAAUGCCAUCCCAAGUAUUGUCAGCGAAGGAAACUGGACUGCCAAGCCAGAAUGCUACACCCCGCGUCCUGAUUCUUUCCACAUCUUCCGACAUCCCAUCCAUGGAGAUCUUCCCUGGCCUGGAAUUGUAUUUGGCCUCUCCAUCCUCUCCCUAUGUUCCUGGUGCACCAAUCAGAUGAUUGUCCAGCGGUGCCUGGCAGCAAAGAACUUGACUCAUGUGAAGGCAGGCUGCAUCCUGUGCGGGUACCUGAAGCUGCUGCCUAUGUUCAGUAUAGUGAUGCCGGGGAUGAUCAGCCGCGUCCUGUUCCCAGAUAAAGUGGCUUGUGCUGUGCCUUCUGAAUGCCUGAAGCACUGUGGCACCAGAAUUAGCUGCAGUAACAUCGCCUACCCAGUCCUGGUGAUGGAACUGAUCCCAGUCGGCUUACGUGGCUUCAUAAUGUCCGCACUGUGGGCCUCCCUCAUGUCUUCCCUAACUUCUGUUUUCAAUGGUGCCAGUGCCCUCUUCACGCUGGAUAUCUACACUCGGCUACGGCCCGUGGCCACGGAGAAGGAGCUCAUGAUCACAGGAAGGUUUUUCAUUAUUUUGUUACUUGCUAUCAGCAUGGCCUGGAUCCCUGUUGGUCUAACGUUACAGGGUGGACACCUAUUUGAAUACAUACUGUCAAUGACGACUUAUCUAGCACCACCUGUUGCUGCCGUCUUCCUGCUUGCUGUAUUUUGCAAAAGAGUCAAUGAGCAGGGUGCCUUCUGGGGACUGACCGGAGGACUCCUGAUCGGCCUCACUCGAAUGGUGGUUGAGUUUGUCUACGGCCCCUACAACUGCGAGCAGAGUAGCAGGUGCCCGGCCCUCAUCUGCGGCAUUCACUUCCUCUACUUCACCAUCAUCCUCUUCUUGCUUAGUGUGCUCAUCAUCCUGGGUAUCUCCUUUGCAACAGACCCCAUUCCUGACAAGCACCUCCACCGGCUUUGCUGGAGUUUACGAAACAGCCAAGAAGAGAGGGUGGACCUGGAUAAGGAAACCCGCAGGAAGAGUGUUUCUCAGCCUACAACACAGCCAGUUUCAGAUGUGCAAAUACAGGACCGCAGCUACCUUUGGAAGACCUGGGACCUUUUCUGUGGCCUGGAGCUGAAGCCGGACCCCAAGUUGGCCCCUGGCGAGUCACUGGGCCUCGAGAGGACAGGGCCAGUCGACAUGCUGGAGACUCCCCUUGGCAAGAAACUUCUCAAGGCCAGUGGGCUCCUCCUACUGGUGCUCCUGGUUCUCGGCCACAUCCUCUUCUUCUGA